UCCCGUCAGCGGAGAGGCGGCGGUGGCGGCGGGAGUGACUGCCCACCUCGGGCCGCCCCCUCGCAGCCGACCAUGGCCAAGGUGUCGGUGCUGAACGUGGCCGUGCUGGAGAACCCCAGCCCUUUCCACAGCCCCUUCCGCUUCGAGAUCAGCUUCGAGUGCAGCGAGGCCCUGGCGGACGACCUGGAGUGGAAGAUCAUCUACGUGGGCUCAGCCGAGAGCGAGGAGUUUGACCAGAUCUUGGACUCGGUGCUGGUCGGUCCAGUGCCCGCCGGAAGGCACAUGUUCGUUUUCCAGGCCGACGCCCCCAACCCCGCCCUCAUCCCGGAGAGCGACGCCGUGGGCGUGACCGUGGUACUCAUCACUUGCACCUACCGGCGGCAGGAGUUCAUCCGCGUGGGCUACUACCUCAACAACGAGUACCCCAGCCCGGAGCUGCGGGAAAACCCGCCCCCGAAGCCCGACUUCUCCCAGCUCCAGCGGAACAUCUUAGCCUCCAACCCCCGGGUCACCCGCUUCCACAUCAACUGGGAUAACCACACAGACAGACUGGAGGACUCUGAGAACCAGGACCCGUCCCUGGGCUGCACCCCGGUCAAGGGCAUGGGGCUCCCUGGGUGCAUUCCUGCCCUUCUGGCCGAGAACUCCAUGGACUGCAUCUAAGCGAUGCUGGACGGGAAGGGGGGAGCCAGGCGCUGGCCAGGCC